GGGCGCCGAAGCCUUCGGCGAAGGAGAUCCCCACGAAGGGGCGGAACUUCGAGAGUUGGACGAUGCGCCAGUUCAAAGGCCGUUUGGGGGAGCUCGGCUUGCAGGUCAUCGGUGAGCAGAGCAUCUUCGUGGAGCGCCUCGAGGGCCACUGCGCUGGCGCGGCGCAGGUCAAGAUGGGGCGCGCCGUCGCCGACGCUGCGGCCGACGAGAUCUGCGGGGAUUUCGAGAGGAAGCCGGGCGAGAGCAUCCAGUGCGGCGACUGCGAGAAGCACGGGCGUCGCGGAUGUGAUGAGCGCUGCCCUCUGCAAGCUGAAGUUGUCGCCUACCGCGCGCGGCAGGAACGCGUCGAGGCAACGAGAACGGGCAAAGCGCCGAGGCCGAGGAACACCAACCUGAAGCAAUUCGCGCAGGAGCAGAGCGACGCGAAGCGCACGGGCACGCAGGUGGAGACCAACGGUAUCGACGGCGCCAAUUUCUACAGCUGCCUCAAUUUCGUCGCUACCAGCAUGUUCGACGUCGCGGGUGAGUCUGGCGAUGGCGAUCGGCCGGGGAUCUUCGAGGUCGCCUUCCCGGCGUGGAUAAAUUGCGAGGUGGCGGUCUUCGUCGACGCCGCUGGCACCGUGUGCGCGCGCGGAAGGCAUUGGAGGGGGCGUUUUGCGAAGCACCUGCCUUCCGGCGUGGUCUGUGGGAAGGCGGGCGGCGAGCCGGCUCGCGCUGUCUCCGACGGCGCUCGGUGGACAGGCUGCGUCACCGCGAUCUCGAUCGACGCUGGCGGCUUCAGUAGGGAAGCGCGCGUGGCCGAAGUCUCCGCGGGAAUGGCGCCCCCGCUGACGCCCGCGCCCGCCGUGGCCGCGCUGGGCGGGCGCAUUCAGUUGAAGUCGCGCAAACUGGAGCUGACUGCCUCGGUAAUCACAGCGCCAUUCAUCAAGACGAUGCGGACGCCUCGCGCGGAACUUGACGCAGCGCGGUUCGGGGCCGAUGACGAGUCCAAACUACUGGUCAUGGAGCUCAAGUCUUCGAGGGGCGACGCCUUCGUGCGCUCGGGGGCAUCCGCGGGCAUCGCCGACGGACGCCGCGCUCGCCUGGGGUCAGACGCUCGCGAGAAUACCGACGCGGGGGUCCGCGGAAACGUCGCCGCCAGGGCGAAG